ACAAUAGGCACAAACCUAAUUUUCGUCAUAUGGCUCGAUUUAAACUAUCUCGCAAUAUAACAACAAGUGAACCACCAGUUUUACAAUCAGCAAGUGAAACUCUAACAAGCAUUCCUCCCCGAGAUAUGCCUUUAACUGCUGAUGAAGGUGAGAGCGAAGAAAUGGCA